CCGCGGUGUCAAAACCGUUCGUGCCAAUUUAAUUUCAGGCAUAAAACCACAAAUAACAUCAAAUACAUGCAAAGUCGCUGAGUUUCCGCCAACAGCUUGCAGCCUUGCACGCUCGUCAUAAGCACGAUAAUAUUGAAUGUUGCAGGCCCUAAAACCAGCUCGCACGGGGACACCAUACUGGGCAAGAAAUGUCAUCUAUGCCGAUCGCAGUAUCAUCGUUUUGAACAAACCUGCAGGACUUAUCUGCCAAGGCUCCGACGCUUCCUCCGAAAACAAACCUCGAGAUGUUGACAAAUUCAAUGACCUACUCCAUGGUGCGUACUUCCUUUUCGUGUUUGACGUUCAUGACGCGAGGUAUCUGUCUCGCUUGACAGACGUAAAAGAUACUUUUGCCUUGGAGAGCCUGCCGUGCCCUGUCCACCGCCUUGAUAAGGCUACCACCGGGACACUACUGUUAGCGCGUAACUCCUCAACUGCUCGUCAGUUUUCACAACAAUUUCAGUCGCGAGUAGUAGAGAAAACAUAUUUGGCUCUUGUGCGUGGAGGAGAGAAGUCUUUCCCGACUCGCAGUGGAGAGAUUAGGGACGCCCUGGAAUUUAGCGAUGGGCGUGUGUCCAUAGGCGAGAGCUGUGGUGCAAAGUUUGCUGCUACUGAUUGGGAACUUAUUGCGUCUUCCCCCAUAGCACCGCUGUCGCUGCUCAGGCUAACUCUGCACACAGGACUAAAACAUCAGCUUCGCAUUCACCUGGCACAUUCCCUGCACACACCUAUACUGGGUGACAACUUGUAUGCGAGGAGUAGCAUUUCCGAGAAGAUUGCUAAGAUCACUCGACUACCCGAGAAGAGGAUGUUCUUGCAUGCAGCGCAGUUGACGCUCUCAAGGUACAGAAAGACAGGGCCCAACAAACACUUCCGACUCAGGGUCGGGGCUCCCAUACCCAAGGACUUCCUCACAGUAUGUAGAGAUGCAGGAAUCUCGUUGGACCACAUAUAUGUUGAUGGCGGCCUGUCCGUUGACGGCCAGCAUGUUAGCGAUGUUCCAGAUCUUGAAGGCAGAUGGCUACGAAAAUCUCCAGUAUCGCGCUCAUAAUUACUGACGAAAUGGAGCGUCGUGUGUUGCACGAUAUGCACCUAAUUUGAACUACGUAGAGCGGUGACUAGGGCUACACCCUACCCUUCAUCUUACCACAUUUGUUGCACUGUGGGUCACUCAGCCUUUUGUUUAGGGCUCGCAUAAAGUUGGACGUUCAAGAUGUCUACUUAAAUUGUAGUGUUUUUCGCCAGGGAUACAAACAUUUCAUCAAAAGACUUAUGUGUUGGUGGAACUCGAUGCUUGUGCGACAUAGUGUCCUACAAUCAGCACCAGUUUACUAUUAAGAGCAAUCUACCGAUCAGUUGACCUUGCC